AUGAAUGUUCAUAAUAAAACCCUGCAAACAAUGGAGCAAGUGGCUUUUCAGAUCCUUUUGGCUUUCCAAGUUGGGGUUGGGACUGUAGCCAACAUUCUUCUUUUUGUCCAUAAUUUCUCUUCAGUCUUCAUGGACUCACAACUGAGGCCUAUACAGGUCCUUCUUAUGAACUUAGCUGUGGCUAAUGCCUUCAAUCUCUUCCUCUAUGCAGAUCCAAAUCAUUUCCCUGUUUUUGUUCCAAGGAAGCCCCUAACUGACUGCUCAUGUAAAUUUAGAUACUUCCUUCACCUAGUAGCUCGAAGCACAAACAUGUGCUCCACCUGUGCUCUGAGCACCUACCAGUUUGUCACUCUGGUAUCCAGCAAUUCGGGUAAAGCAAUGGUCAGAGGAAGGACUUCCAACGUCCUGAGUCAUUCUUGUUUCAGUUGUUGGCUCUUCAGUGUUUUAUAUAAUGCUUACAUUCCAAUCAAAGUCACUGGUCCCCAGAACACACACAAUGAAACUGAUUCUAAAAGUAAGAGGGUCUGUUCCACAUCUGGUUUCAAUGUGGGCAUGGGCUUCUUGCGGUUUGCCCAUGAUGCUUUGUUCAUUAGCAUCAUGGUCUGGACAAGUGUCUCCAUGGUGAUUCUCUUAAACAGACAUUAUCAGAGACUGAAAUACAUUUACACCGCCAACCACAACCACAGAGACUAUCCUGAGACCAGAGCAACCCACACCAUCGUGAUGCUGGUGAUCACAUUUGUGAGCUUUUAUCUUCUAGACUGUAUUUGUACUUCCUUUCACAUUUCUUUUGUGGACUCUCGUUUCUGGUUGAGAGAUAUUAUUAAAGUUUUAGCUUCCAACUUCCCCACCACUUCUCCUUUACUGUUGCUCUUAAGGGAUCCUAAGGAUCCUUGUUCUGUGCUAUUCAGCUGCUGGAAAUCACACCCCAGGUGA